AUGGUGAAUAAGUCUUCUAAUGUGGGAUAUCUUAAGGGCUUUAAUGUUAACGACAAUGUUAGUUACAACCUCUUGCAGUUUGCAGACGAUACCAUCCUUUUGAGUGAUGGUGAUUGGGUAAACUUAUGGGCUUUUAAAGCAAUUUUAAUGGGUUUUGAGAUGAUAUGGGGGUUGCAAGUUAAUACCGAUAAUAGUUGUUUAUAUGGUGUUUGUAUUGAAGAUUAUUAUUUGAAGGCUGUCGAGCAGUUCUUAGCUUGUCGGAUUGGUCACAUACCAUUUAAAUUUCUUGGUUUAAAGGCGCCAAGGAAUAUUUUGGAGCAGCUCAUAUCUAUUCAGAGGAAUUUUUUGUGGCAUGGGUCAGACGAAAAGAAGAUAAUGGCUUGGGUGUCUUGGGAAUCUAUUCGUAUGCCAAAGGAGGGGGAAAAUUUAGGUGUGAAGGACUUGAGAUUAUUUAACUUGGAGGAUCUGGCGAUUAAGAGCAAUGGGUAG